AUGGCGUUGAGCACUCUCAACAAUCCUGUGCUGGACGAUGAGGACGAAUGCAACUUCUGGUCGAUGUUCGCCGCUCAUCAAGCCGUGCUUCAACGGCGACGUAUGCUGGAGCAAAGUGUACUCGCCGAGAUCGACGAACUGCUCUCUGAGCAGAAACGCGCUGAGAGACGGCGCAACCGGCUUGUGCUAGCGGCUGCGCGACUCUGCUCCCGCGAGCGGCAUGUGUGGGCGUAUCCCCGUGCCAGGUCUUGGUACGAGACAACGCUCCCGUACUUUCCUGAGAGCACGUUUAGGGAGAACUUCCGCCUAGACCGCAGCACCUUCCGGUACGUAGUAAGCGUAUGCGAGUGUAUGAGACGAAACAACACCAACAUGCGUCAAGCUAUCCCUCUGGAGAAGCGUGUGGCUAUUGCCUUGUAUCGCCUGGCGACCUCGGCAGAAGACAGAACUGUCGCAAAUCUUUUCGGCGUCAGCCGGUCAUCCGUCAACAUAAUUUUCAGAGAAUUUUGUGAAGUUCUGGUGCAGCGCAUUGAACCACGGUUCGUCAAGUUCCCUCGACCCAAUGACUAG